AUGGGCCUGGAUAAGAAGAGCGUGGCCAUAGUUGGCGCCGGCGUGAGUGGGCUGGCGGCGUGCAAGCACCUGCUGGAGCGCGGCUGCCGGCCGGUAGUCUUCGAGGCGGGCGACGCCGUCGGCGGCGUGUGGCCGAACGCCAUGGAGGGGACCAGGCUCCAGGCGCCGCGGCACAUGUACCGGUACUCCGACUUCCCCUGGCCGGACUCGGUGACGGAGAUGUUCCCCAACCAGCGGCAGGUCGCCGACUACCUCCACGCCUACGCGCGCCGCUUCGGCGUGCUCGACUGCGUCAGGCUCGGCCACCGCGUGACCAGCAUGGACUACGUCGGCGUCGCAGAGGAGGAGGUGGUGGCGUGGGAGCAGUGGGCCGGCUGCGGCGAGGCGUUCGGUUCCGGCGACGGGGAGUGGCGCCUCACGGUGGCCGACGCCGAGGGGCACACAGAGGUACACAUGGUAGACUUUGUGAUUCUUUGUACGGGAAGGUUUAGCAAUUAUCCCAGCAUACCCAAAUUCCCUCCCGGUAGAGGCCCAGAAGCAUUUGAUGGGAAAGUGAUCCACUCCAUGGACUACUCCAAAAUGGGUAGCGAGAAAGCUAAGGAGAUGAUCAAGGACAAGUGUGUGACUGUUGUUGGCUAUGGAAAUUCAGCCCUUGACAUUGCUAAUGAAUGUGCAAAUAUAAAUGGUACGGAGAAACCAUGCACAAUGGUAGUCCGAACCAAGCAAUGGAUCAUACCGAACUUCUAUGCUUGGGGUAUUAACAUAUCAAAUUUUUAUCUAACUCGUUUUGCUGAACUCCUUAUUCACAAGCCCGGUGAAGGUUUCCUUCUUAGCAUAUUAGCUACCGUCUUGACUCCAUUGAGGUUGAUGAUUUCAAAGUUUGCUGAGAGCUACUACUCCAUUCCAAUGAAGAAGCAUGAGAUGGUGCCUGACCAUAGCUUUUUUGAGGGGAUGGUGGGAUGUAUGCUUUCCACUACACCCAAGGAUCAUUACAAGAAUUUAGAGGAAGGCAUCAUAGUUAUUAAAAAGUCAAAGACCUUUGGCUUUUGCAAAGAAGGCGUGCUUGUUGAAGGUGAAUCUACGUUGGUAAAGAGUGACAUAGUUAUAUUCGGAACAGGAUUCAAUGGUGAUGAAAACAUCAAGGACAUGUUCAUAUCAAAGUACUUUCAUACUAUUGUCGUUGGCUCAACAUCCACGACAACACCACUUUAUAGGGAGUGCAUACAUCCUAAGAUUCCACAACUUGCGGUCAUCGGAUAUUCUGACAACUAUGCGAAUGUCUACACAUCGGAACUGCGGUCUAAGUGGCUAGCAUAUUUCAUGGAUGGUGGAUUUAGAUUACCAACUGUUAAAGCAAUGCAGAGGGAUGUCCUUGAAUGUGAAAAGGUCAUGAAGCGUUACUCUCGUGAAGAAUCCCGUACACCGUGCAUUGGACUUCUUCCUACUUGGUACAAUGAUAGAUUAUGUGAAGACAUGGGAUGCAACCCAAGAAGGAAGAAUGGAUUUUUUGCCGAAUUAUUUGAGUCCUACGGUCCCGAUGAUUAUAAUGAUCUUCACCCUAAGUAA